AUCGUUAAAAGCUUCUUGUAGAUCGUUAAAAGCUUCUUGUAGAUCGUUAAAAAAGUUGAUAUUUUCAAAUUGUUCAUUAGAAUUGGAUAGGAGAACAAACAGUAUUGCGAAAUUAUUGAAAGAAUGUUGCAAACUUUAGCUAUAACGAAAAGUAUAGCAGAGAGGUAAUUAAAGGUUUAAAAUCAUCAUCUAUCUUCCUAUCAGUGCUUAAACUCAGAUCUUGUAACCUCAAUCAAGAUGAUAUAAAACUCUUGAAUGGUCUAUUCAUGUACUGUAAAUACUUGACUCAUCUGGAUUUGAGCGAAAAUAGGCAACUUGGUGGAAAAAUUGCAAAUAUUUUCCAUUCGUUGCAUCUCUCUUAUUCAAGUUUAAAGAUACUGAAAAUUGAUUCUUGUAAUUUAACAAUAAAAAAAUGGACAAGAUUUGGCGAAAUUAUUUAACGAGUGCAUGAAUUUAACGGAAAUUAACAUUGCUGACAAUGAAGAUUUGCACAAAUGCCUUGAAAUGAUAUCCGAAUCUUUGGAGAAUUGUUCUCAUACCAUUAAAAUAUUAAACUUUUCAAACUGUAUGAUUGAUCAAGAAAAUGGAGUAGCGUUGGCGAAACUACUCUACAAAUGCGAAUAUUUGGAAGAGAUUAAUCCAAGUUUCUCCAGAGAAUUGGAUCAUCGUUACUCGGGAAUUACAAGUGAAAUAUUCAAGCGACUUGAAAGUUCAGUUCUGAAUUUGAAAGCUAUCCAAAUUUCUUUCCAACAUUUAGACACUGCCGGAAAGAAUCAAUUUAUUCACUUGUUGGCGAAAUGCCUAUAUCUACGAAAACUGGUAGUAAAAGCGGACGCAAAUCAAGAAAUAGAGAUUAAGUGUAGAACUAUUGAAAAGGUGAAGGCGAAAGAGGAAAGUUAUUGGAAUAUGAAACUUUCUCCAUGGAUUUUUGAUACUCGUAAAGAUAUCUUUCUCGGCAAUUCUCGCGUUAUCUUGAACCACCAACAAAAUCUGACUAGAAACGAUAGUCUUUUAGAAACGAUACAAGAAUUUCAUAAAAUUCAACUCAGCCAAAUCAACUUUCUACCAGUUAUCGAUGUGGGUGAUGUACCAAUAUGCUCAUCGUUCGAUUCGUUUUAAAUGCCAUUGCUGUUGAGCGAACUCUAUCCUCAAUCAAACGCCAACUGCCCAAACGAAUUAUGCAACAUUCAAAGUUUUGACACUGUGUUUAGAACAAACCACACUACAUGCAUCAUUGGAUCAGCUCAGAAAGGUAAGACAACCCACCUAAACAGACUGAUCUAUCUAUGGUCCGUUAAAAAAUCAAUCUUACAAGAUAUUUUAGUAUUGAAAGUUCCCUUUUACGCAAUCAAUAAGAAUAAAUCAUUUAUAGACGAUAUCAUAGAUUUCAAUUAUCCAAAUAAGGAUAAAACUCUAUCUUCUUCAAUAGAGUCAUUUUUGAAAAAUACACAAAAAAG